AUGGAUGUUGAAGAAGACUUGUUGAUAGUUGACGAGGUCGGCGUCUCUAGUCAACAAGCAGGGCGCGAACAAACUUCCGCCCGGCCCGUGUUUUCAGACCCUGAGAGGGUCUAUUGUAGAGUGGCGGAUCCCGGCCAGGAAAGACUCCGCCGAAGCGAAGGCUCGGGUGGAUAUUCGUAUGCGGACGCGGUUCGGGACCGCGUGCAAAAGGAGAGUGAAAAAGUGACAACAACAAAGCCUUCAACUUUUACUGAUGGACAAACUCAGCUUCGCCAAGAAGGAAUAGUUGCAGGUUUUCAAAGGUCUGAUAAGUGGAGUGCAGAUAAUCCACAGUCUAAGGCCAUAACUACUGCGCUAAUUAGAAUGAUUGCAAUAGACAUGCAACCUUUGAGUAUAGUGUAA